AUGAGCAAGGACCUGGAUCAGCGCCGCAGCGCGCUGGAGCGCCUCCGCCAGGAAGAAGCGGCUCUUCAGCAGCAACGAGGUGGGGGUGCUGAGCCGCAGAGCCUCCCCCCGCAGCAACGAAUUCCACGCCCGCAACAGGCGGGACCGGUGGAAGAUGCAGACGAGCGCCGGGAGCAGUCGCAGCGACGGAUGGGGCAGGAGAGGAUUGUGCAAGUACGGGAGGAGGAAAGGCAGCAGCGGGCGGAGGACCAACAGGAGGUGCAACCUGAUGGGGAGCCACGGGCGCCGGCGCAGCCCGCAGCGAACUGCUCUGGCUCUGCGCCGCCCGCUCCUCGCGCACGGCCCGUGACACCUCCCGCUGAAGAUCCGCCAUCGUCACAGGCGGACGAUACCGCCCGCCGCGCCCCUGGGGGCCCCGCCAUCCCCCAUUGCCACCCGGGUGAGCAGGCCACUGGGCUUGCUGCGGGUAACGCCGGGGGGAGUUGCGCCGGCGCCGCGACGUCUCGCGCUCCUGCUGGGGCGCUGGAGAAUGUGGCCGUGAGUGACGGCGGUCAGGUGACUGGGGAACGGGACGGCUGA